AUGUUUGCAGCAACCCGACUCUCAUUGGGCAUCACUACAUCAAGAGCUACUGUUUUAAACAGAUCAGUUUCUACAACACUCAAAUUAUCCACUUAUAUUUCUUCAAAGAGUACUAGCCAAGUUAACCAUACUGGCUCAACGGCAAAUCCUACUUCUGCGUCAGCCCAUGAUAUGACUGUUACGCAUUGGUCUCCAAAUUUUGCAGUGGAAAAGAACUUGAAUCGAUUUGCUACUCUUCCUGAAAAGUUCAUGGCCAAAUUUACCAAACUAUCUCCAAAUUUAAAAAAACAAUUUGAAUUGACUGAAACACCAGCGCUCAUGUUUAGAAGAUCAACAGCCGAACUCAUUGAUUUGGUGAGUAAUGAAGGUAUCAAGGAAGUGUGCAGUACUGCAGUGAUAGUUGAUGGCAAUCGCGGCACGGGUAAAUCAUCUGCAUUGAUUCAAACAGCCAGUUAUUUUCAUAGCAAGGAUUGGAUCAUUAUUCCUGUUCUUAGAUUGUCUGAAUGGACGAGUGGUAUUGAACCAUAUGAAAUCUCGGCAUCAAAUGAUACCUACUAUCAACCUGCUUUAACCACAAAGUUCCUGCAAUUGCUUUUGGAUUGGAACGAAAAGGCACUUUCCAAGAUUUUGGUUGCAGACGAGAGCAAUAAAUCCGUUGCCGAUCUUGCACGAUCAGCAAUAAGCAUGGAUGCUGUAUCCUCUUUUGCUGCUCUAGAAAUGGUAAUCAAGUCCAUCUUUACUGAAAAAAACAGGAAGCCAGUUUUGAUUGCCAUGGACCAAAUCAAUGCUCUAUACAGAAAAACUGCAUACUUUGACAAGACAUCUCAACCAUUGAAUGCCGACAAGUUUGCUAUGGCUGCAUUGAUUCAAAAGAUUUUUUCUGAACUUGGACAGAAAAAUACAGUAGUUCUUGCUGCUGUAGACUAUACAGAAUCACUUGUUGGCUCGCAUUACCUCAAGCACCUUCUUAAAAAAAUAGAGCCAGUUAAUAAGACCGCUGAAGUACCUCUUGUUCAACCUAUAGAUGUUGAUCUAGAAGCACGAGAUGAGUUUGGAGUCAUUUUACCAUUGUCACUUAAUCCCACCCACUCGGAUGAAUUUUCAAAACAUUUUAAAUUGCACCCCAAGCAUUUGACAAAGUUUGAAAUGCCUGUCUACUCUCUUUCAGAAAUCUCAGAUGUCUUGGAUUUUUAUCACUCACACAAUGUUUAUCAUGGCAUUCUUACGGAAACUGAAGCAGCCAGGAGAUGGAUGCUCACACAAGGAAAUCCAACUGAACUGCUAAAAUCAUGCACUACCUUGUAAACCCAUAACGAGGAAUGCCAUUAUUUCCAUGAAACAAGAAUAAACAAUCUGUAUUCGGUCA